AGCACCCCCUCCCCAAUGCUGGGGAGGGGGAGCCGGCCAUGCCGUCUGAGGCCCUGCCCUGCUUCCAGCUGCUGCGGAUGGGCCCAGCCUGCCCGGGGGAUGACCCGAACCGGGACCUGCACACCUUCCGGCCAGCCGGGCCACACUGCACCUACCGGCUGGGGCGCCGAGCUGAGGUCUGCGACGUCCCCCUAGUGUCGGAGCGCAACCCGGGGCUGGUGUCCCGCGUCCAUGCUGAGAUCCACGCCGAGAGGGACCCCCACAGCACCGCCGGGGAGUGGCGGGUCUGCCUGGUGGAUUGCAGCACCCAUGGCACCUACGUCAAUGCAGUGCGGGUGCCCCGGGGCCAGCGCCUGGAGCUGAGCGACGGAGACCUGGUCACCUUCGGCCACCCGGACCCUGUGCCCGAGGGCUGCGCCCUGGCGCCCCCGCCUGGCGACUCGGAGUUCUGCUUCCUCUUCCAGAAGGUGCGGGUGCAGCCCCAGGAUUUCGCCGCCAUCACGGCCCCCAAGGCCCCCUGGCCGCUCCCCUGCGGCUUCAAACCAGUGCUGCCCGGUGGCAAUCAUCGCAUCCGGCCGCUAGCCCGGCCGGCGGGGCCCUCCCGCCCGUCCCGCCCCAAGGCCACCCUGAUCCUCAGCUCCAUCGGCAGCAUCAGCAAGCUGAAGCCGCAGCCGCUGACUUUCACCCUGAGCCGGGGCCCAAGGUUAGAGCCGCCCGCCCGGCCUGGGGCCUCCAGGAACCGUCGGAAGUCGGCCCACACGCUGCUGCCCGAGCUGGAGGACGAGGUGACCCGGCUGGACGAGGAGCAGUGGCCUUGUGAGCCGGACGGAUACAACUGCCAGAGCCCGCUGCGGAGGGCGCCGAAGGGGGCGGGGAGCGGCAGGGCGCAGCCGGACGAGCGACUGAAGGUCCAGGUCACGCCAAGCGGGAAGCGGCGGGGGCGGCCACGGAAGCACCCACUGCGUGACACCUGCCAGGUGUUCUCGCAGACGCUGCUGGCGGCAGAGCCCUGCGCAGCCCCGCGCUGUCGCCUGCCCCAGGACGAGACGGUGCAGUGGGUGCAGUGCGAUGGCUGCGACGCCUGGUUCCAUGUGGCCUGCGUGGGCUGCAGCUACAGUGCCGUCCAGGAGGCCGACUUCCGCUGCGGGGGCUGCUGCACGUAGCCGCAGGGCAGGAAGACACGGAGCACAGGGUGGCCUGGAGACUGUGCAAAAUAGGCAGCAACUGGUGAAACUGUGCUAGGUGAUUGUGAGCGCACAGACAGCAACUGGUGAAACUGUGCCAGGCGAUUGUGCGUGCAGUGACGGGUGAAACCGUGCCAGGCAAUUGUGCACACACAGUGACUGGUCAAACUAUGCCAGGCAAUUGUGUGUGCAGACAGUGACUGGUGAAACCAUGCCAGGCGAUUGUGUGCACACAGGAAGUGAUUGGUGAAACCGUGCCAGGCGAUUUUGCACUUACAAGCAGCGACAGGUGAAACAUGACACCUUAGAAGGGACUGGUGGAAUUGUGGGAGACAAGCAAUGACUGGUGAAAUUGUGCCAGGCGAUUGUGCACGCACAAACAGUGGCGGGUGAAAACAUGCACACCCUCACAGCGACUGGUGACACCGUGCCAGCCAAGUGGAGACUGGGUGAAAACAGCUGAGGAGAGGGAAGCACGAAACGUAAGCCGGGCACGUGGCUGGCAAUGGAAACAAAAGAUGCCCGGCUUGUGACUUGUGCAAAAGUGCAAAGACAAUUGUGCAAACCUGGGAGCUGAGCACGUCCUCCUUGGGCUGAGAUUUUUGUCUCCCUGCAGGGGAGCAGGGAAUGGAACACGGGGCCUUUCCCCUCUACGGAGCACUGGCUCCACAAUCCAGCCUCAGCACACGUGAACCAUGGGUUGUGAAAAUGUGCCCAGCGGGUGCGCGCCAAUGGAGCGCUGAUGCAUGAGCAGUGUUUCACGCUGACCGUGCCGGGAUAUCGCUCUCAAUCGGGCUGGACGUUUGCCCGGUGCCUCAUCAGAGCAUUCGGCAGUCGUGCGCAGCACGAGCAUUGAAGCAGACAACUCGCAGAGAUUACACGCGGCCUUCGUGACAAAACAAGACAGCUGUGCAGCCUCGCACGAGGAGAUGACCUGGCUGUUUCCACACCCACGGGGACUCCAGGAGGGCAUCCAAGACACACACACACACCCCGUGCGAUUGAAUCAUCCACUGGCCUUUACACCACAUUCCCUUCCUUCUUUCCGUAGCAACUGCUUCUCCGUGCGCCUGGAUUUCCCCAUGCGAAUAAUCCCAGUCAGCAUGGCCUCCCAUGGAGCCGCUUUCCCACUCCCUUCUUCCUUCCAGGGGCGGGGAGACGGAAAAGAAGGGAGUGAAAAGACACCGGAAAGGCCAGAAGCACUGGAGUUUUCAGCCUGUUCUUCUUCCUACUCCUAAACCGGACCUUUCCUGCCCACGACGCUGGUGAAUGCCUUCCCGGAGCAGCCACGGACAGAGACACGGAUCCACCUCUCCCCUGGGUUAUUUUUUCCUUCUUUCGCUCUGGUACCAAAAAAAGGGGUUUCUAACCAA